CUGGAAUUCACCGUAUAAGUGGGCGUAGCCAAGCCGUCAUGAAUCAAAGCUCAAAGAAAACAGAAGGGCGUGGCUGCCACGUUUAAUAUUAAUGACGAGGCGUGGCUUGACUCAGGGUCUGUGUAUAAGCUGGUGGUCUCUCUUCGUUACAUACGCACUGCCAUGUCGUCCGUUCUGCAGCCGUUCACCGUCACCGAGGGGCCCUGCCAGUCUUCCAGGCCGGCAGUAGCUCAUGGGAGCCGGUCCCUGGCCGCCGCGGUCCCGGGAGGAGGGAAGAUCACACACCCUGGCAAAGCUAUACUGGCUGGUGGAAUCGCAGGGGGAAUAGAAAUCUGCAUCACCUUCCCGACAGAGUAUGUCAAGACUCAGCUUCAAUUAGACGAGAAGGCCAAUCCCCCUCGGUAUCGGGGAAUAGGUCACUGCGUCAGCCUGACUGUACAGGAUCAUGGAAUCAGAGGCUUGUAUCGCGGUCUUAGCUCCUUGUUGUAUGGAUCCAUUCCCAAAUCUGCGGUGAGGUUUGGUACGUUUGAGUUUCUUAGUAAUUCUGCAAGGGAUUCCAAUGGGAAGCUGGAAGCAAAGGCCAGCCUGUUGUGUGGCUUGGGGGCGGGUGUAGCAGAGGCUGUUCUUAUCGUCUGUCCAAUGGAAACUAUCAAGGUGAAAUUCAUACAUGACCAGGCUUCAUCUACACCAAAGUAUCGCGGCUUCUACCAUGGAGUGCGGGAGAUUAUUCGAGAACAAGGGCUACGUGGGACGUACCAAGGACUGACCCCCACCAUUCUGAAACAGGGCUCCAACCAGGCAAUCCGAUUCUUCUUCAUGACCUCACUACGUAACUGGUACUCAGGGGAUGAUCCACACAGAACCAUUCAUCCUGUUGUCACAGGGGCUUUUGGUGCCAUAGCUGGGGCCGCAAGUGUCUUUGGGAAUACUCCUCUAGAUGUUAUCAAGACCAGGAUGCAGGGCUUAGAAGCUCACAAGUACAAGAGCACUUUGGACUGUGCAAGCCAGAUACUCCGCAAUGAAGGGCCUUUGGCGUUCUACAAGGGAACCAUCCCUCGCUUGGGCCGAGUGUGUCUGGACGUUGCCAUUGUCUUUGUUAUUUAUGAAGAAGUAGUUAAAGUUCUUAACAGAGUUUGGAAAACCUCAUAAUGCUUCCUCCACCUCGAAUGGGAAUCAGCUAUCCGCCUUGGAAGGACACAUUUGAGUGGAGGUUUAGCAAAGCUUAGAGAGAUAAAGUACUAAUUAGUCAACUACUAAAUAUCAUUCUACAGGAUGUGUUUGAAAAAUGACAUGAGAUCAUUGGUUGGUACUUUAUCUCACCAAGCGUUGAUACAUCUCCCACUAUGUGUCUUAACCUGUGCUCAUUUGUUAUAUUGUAAAUUGUCACAAAAUCUAUUUUUAGCCUGUUUUAUGUUUCUUUUGUGGGAAAUUAUGCCUUUAUGUCAGGAUUUGCCUUAAUUUUGUCAGUUGCUACAGUUACCUAAUGCUCAGCUCAAAAUAUGGUUCCUUUUUCCAUGGGAUAUUAUUGUUUAGGGAAUAGGGGUGACAUUUUAAAACUAGAAUACUUUUAGAAGGCCUCUUUUGCAUACACAGCCAGGUGGACAUUUUGACUGGUAUAUCAAUAUUCAUGAUAACGCAACAUAUCAAGUCUCAUCAGUGAUGCAGAAAUCUUGGUUCGGGAUACAAAAUGGCUGCCUCUGGCAUAACCAUGUGUUUGGCUGAAACACAACUGUCAUCUACACUACAGCAAAUUUCUGGGCUAAUUAAGCCAGUGAAAAUGUCUGUUUCUCCCAUAACAGAAUAUGAUCACAGUCCCAUAUUCAGUAAAAACAAAAAGCCUAUGAAAGUAAUCACAAUCUUCCAUUUGCUUCCCCACAUGACCACUGGCAUAGAUAUAUAACAAAAGUAUGAGCCUCUGCAGCCCACAUUUCUGGCAAAUACACAGCCCAUAUGACCUAUUUCCUAAAAUAGCCUACUCUCUUGUCGAGGAGUGGAGCUAAUACAGGCCAAAAGUAGCUGUGUAUUACUAAGGUACUAAACAACACAAAACAAUAUUUCUAAAUUAAAGUAACUGGGCCCAUAUAUCAGGCAGAAAUUGGGGCCGAUGGAUGAGAAAAAUCCAAAAUGUUGGAUUUCGCCGGUUCUGUCCAAACAGGAUGCAGUCAAAUGCUGGCAGUUGGGAUCCCGGCAUUCAGGAGAUCAAUACCGGCACCCACCCCUAAUUCCCACUCUAUUGGUGGGUCCAUGCCACGAACCGAGUGGGAAUAGAACCUGUGGUGAGCGAAGCAAAGGGACUCGCUGCCGGUAUUCUGGCAGAUGGGAUGCUGAUGUCGUUAUACUGGCAGUCGGCAUACCGCUAUAUCAUACCGGACCUGUCCAAACAAAUGUUGAUUGGGUAAUUUCUCUUGCGUCCUAGAGGAUACUGGGGUCCAUUUAGUACCAUGGGGUAUAGACUGAUCCACUAGGAGCCUUGGGCAUUUUAAGAAAUCAAUAGUGUGCGCUGGCUCCUCCCUCUAUGCCCCUGCUACCAGACUCCGUUUCGAAAAUGUGCCUGGAGGAGCCGGUCACGCUUAAAGAAGCUCCUGAAGAGUUUUCUGCAUUUAUUUUCUGUUUGUUAUUUUCAGACAAGGCUGGUUGGCACCAGCCUGUCUGCUUCGUGGGACUUAAGAGGGGGGGAACGGCUUAACCUCCUAUAGGGUUAAUGAUCCACCACGGCGAGCGUACAUUCCCGCAGCACGCUGCCACCCCUAACAGAGCCAGAAGUAAGAAGAGUGGUGAGUAGGCAGCUGAUGUCCCGGUUAGCGGGUCGCUGGCUGUAAUGGCGGCAUAAGAGUAUGGAGCGCAGCGCUGACAUGCAGGCUGCGUCUCCAGGCUCAGGACAACAUGCUGUUUGUGUGUUCUGCUGUGAGGGGUAAGCUGAGCCACUAAAAAUAAUACCCACACUGGCAGUACAGCUUACAGGGGUUCUAACCCACUGUUAAGCAUCACAAACACCUCAGCCAGUAUAAUAAAAACGGGAAGACCGCGCGCCAUUAAGGGGGCGGGGCUUCACUAUGAGCGUAGCCAGCAGCUCACCAGCGCCAUUUUCCCUCUGCAGCUCACACUGACAAGACUGGCAGGGAAGCGCAGCUCCGCCACAAGGACUCCACAAUUCCUCAGCGGUACCAGGGGGUCAUAGUAUGCGGGGGGAGUGAUGUUAGAAUACUAAGCCCCUAUUAAGGGUGCUUAGUCUGCAACCCAGCUAAGCUUGGCAUUAGCAAGAAGGGCGCUGUGUGGCUGGCUCCAUCAUAUUCUGUGUCUCCCUAGAAGGGCUCUGUGUAGGUUACUUGUGCUUAACCUUUUUCUGUGUGUGUGGGUGUGAUUUCACAUUUACAAUGUCAAAGGAGUGUGUUUCAUGCACGGCGGAGUGUUUUUCUUCCCCAGGGGGAUCACUACAGUGUACUCAGGAUAGUACGCAUUCUCAGGCUAGUGGGUCUGAACCAGCAUGGUUGGAUUCAUUAAAACGGAUGAUCUCGAAUAUUUCUAAUAAAUUAUCCCAGAAUGAGAAAGAGACGCAAUACUUAAGACAGUCUGUGGAUGACCUGAUGAAUAGAGAUUUAGGCACCACACCAGCAUCUCAGACCCCUACCAUUUGUCCACAAAAGCGUACACUGGCCCAAAUCCUGCAGGCUGACAUUGAUGACGAUGUGUCAGACGCAGAGGAGGGUGAGGUGGACUCAGUGGGGCGGGUGUAGCUCUGUCACAGGGUGUACAGGCUCUGAUAAAAGCCAUUAGAGACAUCCUACAAAUUCCUGAUAAGGUGAGAGAGGAGGAUGAGGAGUUUUAUUUGAAUGUAAAAAAAAAAAAGAAGUCCUCUGCUACUUUUCCUGCAUCAAAAGAGCUGAAUUCUCUGUUUGAAGACACCUGGGUUAAUCCUGAUAAGAAGUUUCAGAUCCCUAAGAGAUUACUCAUAUCCUUCCCUUUUCCUCAGGAUGAUAGGAAAAAAUGGGAAAACCCACCGAUUGUUGACGCAUCGGUAUCUAGGUGGUCACAUAAGAUAGUCUUUACUGGUCCCUGGGGCAGCCUCCUUAAAGGACGCGGCUGACCGCAAAAUUGAGACCACUCUCAAAUCCCUGUACACAGCUGCUGGGGUGGCCCAGAGACCCACUAUUGCUUGUGCAUGGAUCACUAGAGCCAUUACUAAAUGGUCAGGUAAUCUAAUUGACGGGUUAGAUUCCUUAUCCAGGGAUUCUAUAUCCAGGGGGGAGAUAAUUUUACACCUACAGCAUAUACAGGACUCCGCUAAUUUUAUGGCGGAGGCCAUAAAAGAAUUUGGCUUGCUCAACGCACGCACCACUGCCAUGGCAGUGUUAGCACGCAGGGGCUUGUGGAAACGCCAGUAGACUGCGGAGGCGGAUUCCAGGUAAAGCGUGGAAAGCCUACCAUUCACAGGUGAGGCCCUAUUUGGAGCUGAACUGGAUACGUGGCUAUCCAAGGAUACGGCUAGUAGGUCUACAUACCUUCCUUCCGCAGCCCACUCUGCUCCAACUCUGCAGUCCUUUCGGUCAGCCAAAUUUAAAAGUAAAACAAAAGGUUCUUCUACAGCCGUCAAAGGCAAUAGAGGUAAAUACAGAAAACAAGUAACUGCAGGUUCACAGGAACAGAACUCCGGUUCUGCUUCCUCAAAGCUUACAGCGUGAUGGUGGACCGCACUGCCUGGGAGACGGGCAGGUGGGAGCCCAAUUAAAAUAUUUCAGUCACAUAUGGGCAACAUCAUGCCAGGAUCCCUGGGUCAAAGAUCUUAUUGCCCAGGGCUACAGACUGGAGUUUCAGGAACUCCCACCUCACAGAUUCUUCAAAUCAGGCUUACCAGCUUCUCAAGAAGCAAGUAUGACUUUACAGGAAGCAAUUCAAAAACUGGUACAGACUCGGGUCCUUGUUCCAGUUCCACUUCAGCUGUAAAACAAGGGUUAUUAUUCUAACCUGUUUGUGCUACCGAAACCGGAUGGUUAGGUAAGGUCCAUUUUAAACCUCAAGUCCCUGAACCCGUACUUUCGGGUGUUCAAGAUGGAGUGACUGAGAGCGGUGAUCUCGGGUCUGGAGGAGGGGGAAUUCCUAGUGUCCCUGGAUAUCAAGGAUGUGUACCUUCAUAUUCCAAUUUGGCCGCCUCAUCAGGCUUACCUAAGGUUUGCAUUAUAGGACUGUCACUACCAGUUCCAGGCCCUGCCAUUUGGCCUCUCCACGGCACCGAGGGUGUUCACCAAGGUAAUGGCAGAGAUGAUGUUUCUCCGCAAACAAGGAGUGAACAUAAUACCGUACCUGGACGAUCUGCUGAUAAAAGCACCAUCCAGGGAGUGGUUGUUGGACAACAUUACCCUCUCAACCCGACUACUCCAGGAUCACGGGUGGAUACUAAACCUACCAAAAUCUCACCUGGAACCGACAGAGAGGCUUCCGUUCCUGGGGAUGAUACUGGAUACAGGCACAGAAGGUAUUCCUUCCAUUAGAAAUGGCAAUGGUAAUCCAGUCGAUGGUGGUUCUAAAACCAACCCUGAUAUCGGUGCGUCUAUGCAUUCGCCUUCUGGGGAAGACUGUAGCCUCUUACGAGGCACUGCAGUACGGAAGGUUUCAUGCAAGGCCCUCCCAGCUGGAUCUGUUGGACGAAUGGUCCGGAUCGCAUCUUCACAUGCACCAGAGGAUACGUCUGUCACUAAAGGCCAGGAUUUUUCUUCUAUGGUGGCCACAGACUUCUCACUUGACCGAGGGCCGAAGGUUCGGGAUUCAAAAUUGGAUUCUGUUAACAACAGACGCAAGCCUCACUGGGUGGGGAGCAGUCACCCAAGGGGAACAGUUCCAAGGAAAAUGGUCAAGUCAGGAAGCCAUUCUUCCAAUCACCAUUCUGGAACUAAGGGCCAUAUACAACGCCCUUCUACAGGCAUCACAUCUUCUUCAAGAUCACGCCAUUCAGAUUCAGUCGAACAAUGUGACUGCGGUAACGUACAUAAACCGACAGGGCGGAACGAAGAGCAGAGCAGCAAUGUCAGAGGUAACAAGGAUUCUCCUCUGGGCAGAAAGACACGCUGUGGCGUUGUCGCCAAUCUUCAUUCCGGGACUAGACAACUGGGAAGCAGACUUCCUCAGCAGACACAACCUCCACCCAGGGGAGUGGGGCCUUCACCCGGAGAUGUUCAGGUGCUUGACACGUCGGUGGGGAAUUCCACGAAUCGACAUGAUGGCCUCUCGUCUCAAAAAGAAGCUAAAGCGGUAUUGUUCCAGGUCGAGAGACCCACAGGCAAUGGCGGUGAACGCUCUGGUGACUUCAUGGGUCUACCAGAUAGUGUACGUCAGGCAUGUCCAAACUGCGGCCCUCCAGCUCUUGUGAAACUACAUAUCCCAGCAUGCCCAGACACAGUUUUGCUGUGGGAGAAUGCUAAAGCUGUGUCAGGGCAUGCUGGGAUGUGUAGUUUCUCAACAGCUGGAGGACCGCAGUUUGGACAUGCCUGGUGUACGUGUUUCCACCACGUCCAUUGAUCCCAAGAAUUCUCAAGAGAAUAAAAAGGGAAAAGAUUCAAGCAUUUCUCAUUGCUCCGGACUGACCAAGAAGGGUCUGGUACGCGGAUUUACUGGAGAUGCUCUUAGAGGAUCCGUGACCGCUACCUCUUUGCGAGGAUCUUUUACAACAGGGACUGUUUGUCUAUCAAGACUUACCACGGCUACGUUUGAUGGCAUGGAAGUUGAGCGUCAAAUUCUAGCCCGGAAAGGGAUCCCGGACUGGGUUAUUCCAACCUUGAUUCAAGCCAGAAAGGGGGUAAAGGCUAAACAUUACCACCGUAUUUGGAAAAAAAUAUGUCUCUUGGUGUGAGAACAGGGAAUUUCCUACGGUGGAAUUUCAACUGGGACGUUUUCUGCUUUUUCUGCAGUCAGGUGUGGAUAUGGGCCUACAUUUGGGCUCCUUGAAAGUCCAGAUUUUGACCUUAUCCAUUUUCUUCCAGAAACAAUUGGCUUCUCUCCCUGAGGUUCAGACAUUUUUGAAGGGGGUUCUGCACAUCCAACCGCCCUUUGUGCCUCCUACGGCACCUUGGGAUCUCUACAUAGUGUUGCAGUUCCUACAAUCGGAAUGGUUUGAACCUUUACAGGAGGUUGACGUAAAGUUUUUUUUACGUGGAAGACCGUCGCAUUGUUGGCCUUGGCUUCAGCAAGACGUGUGUCGGAGCCGGGGGCGUUGUCUCACAAAAGCCACUAUUUGAUAUUUCAUGAAGAUAGAGCUAAUUUCAGAACUCGUCUGCAAUUUCUUCCUAAGGUGGUGUCUGCGUUUCACAUCAACCAACCUAUUGUGGUUCCAGUGGUUAUCGACACCUCUGCUACUUCAAAGUCCUUGGAUGUUGUGCAGGCUUUGAAGAUCUAUGUGAAGCGGACGGCUCAUCACAGAAAAUCUGACUCGCUGUUUGUUCUCUAUGAUCCCAAUAAAAUUGGGUGUCCUGCUUCAAUGCAGUCUAUUGCUCGCUGGAUCAGGCUUACUAUCCAGCAUGCUUAUUCUACGGCAGGUUUGCCAGUGCGAAGAUCUGUACAUGCCCACUCUACUAGGUCGGUGGGUUCUUCCUCAGCAGCUGCCCGGGGUGUCUUGGCUUUACAGCUCUGCCGAGCAGCUGCUUGGUCAGGUUCGAACACGUUUGCUAACUUCUACAAGUUCAAUACUUUGGCCUCUGAGGACCUUCAGUUUGGUCAAUCAGUUCUGCAAAACCCUCAGCACUCUCCCACCCGGUUUGUGAGCUUUGGUACAUCCCCAUGAUACUAAUGUGGACCCUAGUAUCCACUAGGACGUAAGCGAAAAUAGGAUUUUAAUUACUUACUGAAUCCUUUUCUUGUAGUCCGUAGAGGAUACUGGGCGCCCGCCCGGUGCUUCGUGUUUUGAUGCACUGUUACUUGGUUAAGUAUUGUUGGUUCAGCCGUUGCUGUUCCUGUUUUCAAGUUUGGUUAGCCUGGCUUUCUUCUUGUUUUGUGUGUGUGUGCUGGUUCGAAUCUCACCACUGUCCUUUUAAAUCCUUCUCUCAAGGUAUGUCCGUCUUCUCGGGCACAGUUUCCUAGACUGAGUCUGGUAGGAGGGGCAUAGAGGGAGGAGCCAGCGCACACUAUUGAUUUCUUAAAGUGCCCAAGGCUCCUAGUGGACCAGUCUAUACCCCAUGGUACUAAAUGGACCCCAGUAUCCUCUACGGACUACGAGAAAAUAAUUUACCGGCAGGUAAUUAAAAUCCUAUUUUUUAACAUGCUGUCUUUCCCGAUCUGCUGCUCGUCAACUCGGAUCAGCAGGAUGGGUAAUCGGGGCUGUAGAUGUGUGGCCUGCACUCCAGAUGGAUUUCCAGAAACCUCACCAAUGAAUAUGUCUUCUAGUCCAUUCAGUGCUAUAUUUUGCUUGUAUUUUAUUUCAUUAUACGCCCACACUUCCUAAACGUGUUUGGGGGGAAAAAAUGUUUUAAUGAUGGCCGCUGCUUUUCAGUAUGUUUUUAUAAAAACAGGUUUUUUUUUAAUUUUAUUAAUAUUUGAUUACUUAUACAAUUCACUUUAUUUUUUCACAUCAGAUGAAAUAGUUUUAUUGCUUGACUGUUGAGGGCUGAUUUGCUUGCAGGUCUGAAUCAGGCCACAUUUGGAAUGCAGAUGAAUUUUACGGGUCUGGGACUCAGGGUCGACACACCUUAGGUCGAUGCCAAUUGGUCGACACACCUUAGGUCGACAGGAACAAGGUCGACAUGGAACAAGGUCGACAGGAACAAGGUCGACAUGAGUUUUUUGGGUGUCGUUUUCUUCGUAGAGUGACCGGGAACCCCAAUUAGUACACCGCGUCCCCUCGCAUGGCUCGCUUCGCUCGCCAUGCUUCGGGCAUGGUGCUUUCGCUCCGCUACCGAUUCGCUCGGCACAGAUUACCGUUCCAAUCGUAGUCCACGUGGAUCGUUAAGUAUGAAAAGGUUCCAAAAAAGAAAAAAAUUGUGAAAAACUCAUGUCGACCUUUUUCCAUGUCGACCUUUUUCCAUGUCAACCUUGUUCCUGUCGACCUGUUGUCCAUGUCGACCUAAAGUGUCGACCAAUUGGCGUCGACCUAAGGUGUGUCGACCUUUUUGUUGUCGACCUGGAGUCCGGAUACCGAAUUUUACAUAGGACAUGUGUGCUCAUUGCCCUGCUUUUUUUGAGUAAUGUUAGUAACUGUUACAUAAGUGUCAUAGACACUAACACCUACACAAUGCUAGGUUGUCUCAAAUAAGCGCCCUCUCGGCAUAAGCAAGACUAUGGAAUAGGUUGUAGCUCUGGAUAUAUGCCCACAAUACUCCUAUGACACUUCCAUGACUCUCCUACGAGGUGGUUCCCUUCUGUGCUAUUUCCAGUAGACACCCAGGAAUGCCCAGUUCAUGCAUUGAGAGAAACAAGUGAGAUGCAUCCAACCCACAGAUAGGUAACGAUGCGUAUGUUUGCUACUCCAGUUUACUAUAACUCAUUAGCUGCUGACCUGCGUGCGGCUUAAAAUUGGGCCUUGUGACAUUAAGUUGCAGGGAUGUCUUACACAUACAUGGAUUGGGCCAUUCAUCGUCAGUGACAUGACGGUGACAGUGACAUGUCAGUGACCCAACUUAGUUGGGUGUUUACGUGUGCCUAUUUCCUACAGAGGCAGCCAUUUUGUAGGCUACACCAAUAGUCACCAAACCUCAGCAUAUGAUGGGAUAUAUGGCGAUGCAGUUGAUAUGCCGGAGGUCAGGAUACCAAAGCCGGAAUCCCGACCAGUGGCAACAGGGGCUAUUCCCACUCGUGGGUGUCCACGGCACCCAUAGAGUGGGAAUAGAACCUGUGAUGAGACACGAGCCCGCUGCAUGGCAAGUGUAGCGAGCCUGCAAGGGGCUCUGUUGCGCUUGACCCCCGCCGUCAUUCUGGCGGACGGGGUCGGUAUGCUGACCUCCGGGAUCCCAACCGCUGGCAUAUCAGCCCCAACCCGAUCUAUGAGCCAGUGAAAUCUCCUAAUGCCUCAGUGAUGUUACUGGUUAAUUGAUUAGGCUGCAGUCUUAAAAGUAUUUCUUCAGCCUGCAUAAUGGCUGCCUCCUAUAUGUAUAUGGAAAAGGGGCACUUUACCUGCAUUAAACUCUUGCCUGUCUGGUGGCUUUCUGAACAUUCUGUGCCAAACAUUCAUAGAAACUGUCAUUUUGACUUGUGGCUAUGAUAUGACUAAACUGAUGUCUCCUAUACAGUAUGAUGUUCUCAUUCACUCCUGUCUAAUUCAUUAAACAAGAAGAACACUUACUUUGUUUAAACUGCAAAUAAAUGUACCACAUCAUGGUAUGGGGAGGUCUUA